ACCUUUCUUGAUUCAACAAUUCCAAUACCCAGAAACCAUGUCUGAAAGUGAUUCCACUAAGCUUACAGCUUUAUGGUGUAUUCUCUGCAUCUUCUUCUGUGUCUCAUCUGCCACUGAAGAACCUCACGGCGAAGCAAGUGCUCUGUUGAAGUGGAAAGCCAGCCUUAAACUUGACAGCCAAACCAUCUUGUCUUCAUGGAAGAAUGGUACCAGUCCAUGCAGAAACUGGACAGGGAUUUCAUGCGACGAGUCGUCCUUCUCAGUUUCCAUGAUCAAUCUUACAAGUCUUGGACUUCAAGGUAGGCUCCAAAAUCUCAGCUUCUCCUCCUUACCAAACCUCGUACACUUCGAUAUAAGUUACAACAACUUCUCUGGAAAUAUUCCGCCCCAAGUUAGUAACUUGUCCAGUAUUCUUAGAAUGAUCAUGUCUCACAAUUUCUUAGAGGGUCCCAUCCCUAAAGAAAUAGGGUCACUGAGCACUCUAAAUUUGCUUGAUAUUAGUGUCUGUAAUCUCACUGAUUCUAUUCCACCUGAGAUUGGGAACUUGAGUAGUCUGACUGAUCUUAUUCUGGGACUUAACAGACUCUCUGGUUCCAUUCCUCAAGAGAUUGGUAGGCUUAGCAAUCUCACACAACUUGAUUUGUCAGAAAAUCCUUUUCAAUCUGGUGAAAUCCCUUCUGCAAUAGGAAACUUGAGGAAGUUAAAGCAACUAUACCUCUAUGAUUGCAGUCUUACUGGUCGUAUUCCCAAUGAACUUGGGAAACUACAUUCUCUUGUGCAUAUUCAAUUGCUAGAUAAUAAUCUCUAUGGUCCAAUCCCAUCUUUCAUAGGAAACUUGACAAAUCUCCAAAGUUUGUAUUUGUACACAAACAAUCUAUCUGGGUCAAUUCCUGCCUCUAUUGGAAACUUGGUCAAUUUAGAAAUACUUGACCUUGGAGAGAACAAUCUUUCUGGACCUAUUCCAUCCACCAUAGGAAAUUUGACAGCUCUCACUCAGCUUGUGUUGUUUCACAACAACCUUAGUGGUCACAUUCCUCCAGAAGUAGAUAAUCUUACUAGUUUGGUCGACUUACAACUGGGUUGGAAUAAUUUCAUUGGCCAUUUGCCACAACAUAUUUGCCUUGGUGGCAUGUUAGAGCGUUUUGGAGCACCUGGCAAUAGUUUCACUGGUCUGAUUCCAACAAGCUUGAAGAAUUGUUCUAAGCUUGAAAGACUUACACUUAACGAUAACCAAUUGGUUCAAGAUAUAAGUAAUUCUUUUGGUACAUAUCCAAAUUUGGAAUUCAUUGACUUAAGUGGCAAUAAACUUUAUGGCCAUCUUUCAUCCACGUGGGGCAAGUGUCCUAGUCUCUCACAGUUCAAGAUAUCUAGCAACAAUAUUUCUGGGAGGAUACCUUCAGGAAUAGGGGGGGCAACAAAUCUUUUUGAACUUGACCUGUCUUCAAAUCAUCUUGUUGGAGAAAUUCCAACAAAUUUGUUGAAGUUGACCUCAUUGAGUAAACUUUCUUUAAGCCACAAUCAACUUUUAGGCAAGAUUCCCCCAGAAAUAGGAUCAUUGAAUCAUCUUGAAAUUUUAGAGCUAGAAGGAAAUAAAUUCAGUGGUCCCAUCACAGAAAAGGUUUGGGGCAUGAAAAUGUUGAGGGAAUUGAACAUGAGCAAAAACAAAUUUGAGGGUCCCAUUUCCCUGCAGUUUGGUCAGCUCCAAGAUCUUGAAAAACUUGAUCUUAGUGAAAAUUUCUUGAGUGGAAAAAUACCAAAAACAAUUGGAGCAUUACCCAAGUUGCAAAUAUUGAACCUCUCGCAUAAUAGUUUCUCUGGCGAGAUUUCAUCCGCUUUUAAUGGAAGAUCAGCCUUGACUUCUGUUGACAUAUCAUAUAACCAAUUAGAAGGUCCUAUUCCAAACAAUCAUGCCUUCCAAACAUUUGCGGCAUUGAAGAAUAACAAAGGCUUGUGUGGCAAUGUCACUGGUUUACAUCUUUGCAGUGAUUCUUCCCAAAAUAAUGUACAUGGUAAUAAAAAGAGUGAAAAAGUCAAGUUACUGAUAAUAUUCCUCCCAUUGGGUGUUGUAGUAUUGCUAGUAGGGACUGGAGUGUUUUCCUUUUUCUGUCAUGGGGCAAGGAAAGCAAGAAACAAAGACGAGGAAGUCCAAGAAGAUCUUUUUCUUGUUUGGAGUUCUGAAAGAGAAUUAUUGUAUCAAGAUAUUGUAGAAGCCACGAAGAAUUUUGAUGAUAGAUAUCUUGUUGGGAAGGGAGGUCAAGGAAGUAUUUAUAGGGCUGAGUUGCCCACAGGUCUGGUUGUUGCUGUGAAGAAGCUUCAUUCAAUGCCAAGUGGGGAAAUCUCCAACCUAACAGCUUUCACAAGUGAAAUUCGAGCUCUGACAGAAAUCAAACAUCGUAACAUUGUCAAGUUAUAUGGGUUCUGCUCAAAUUCACGCUCCUCAUUUUUGGUUUAUGAGUUCUUGGAAGGUGGCAGCUUGAAUAACAUACUAAAGAAUGAUGAACAAGCCAUUAAGCUUGAUUGGAAUAGGAGGAUGAACCUUGUUAAAAGUGUGGCCAAUGCUUUAUUCCAUAUGCAUCAUGGCUGUUCAAUUCCUAUCGUUCAUCGAGACAUAUCAAGCAAGAAUGUUGUUUUAGAUUCAGAAUAUCAAGAAGCUCGGAUCAUUGAUUUUGGAACAGCAAAGUUUCUAAAUCCUGAGUCAGAAAAUAUAACCUCUUUCGUAGGUACAUUUGGUUAUGCUGCACCAGAGAUUACUUAUAUUAUCAAGGCGAAUGAGAAGUGUGAUGUUUACAGCUUUGGAGUGUUGACUUUGGAGAUCAUAAUGGGAAUGCAUCCUGGAGAGCUCAUUGCUUCUUUGACAGAGACACCAACAACCUAUGACUUGCCAUUGAAGGAUGUAUUGGAUGGAAGGCUUCCUCGACCGACAGGAUCAGUUGUUGAGGAGUUAAUGUUGAUAGCAACAUUGGCAUUUGCUUGCUUGGAUAAGAAUCCAUGGUCUCGUCCAACCAUGGACCAAGUAGCAAUGAAGCUUAUGACGCCAAAAACAGAUUUGGUGGACCAGUUUGACACCAUCACAAUUGGACAACUUAUCAUGAGAGGAUCAAACUGAUGAUUAAGUAGUUUAUCUGGUUGCAUACCGAUGUCGAAAUAUUUGUCCCUUAUUUUGUGUUCAUGUAUUAUAUGUAAUUUUCUGCUGCUUAAAGUACCGAGGGUGUAGUCUGAAUAAACUGUAAGUCAAAACUGAAAACUCUGUAUGUAAGUUAUCAUUUGUCAGAUA